UAAGCGAUUGAAAACCAUCACAGCUUUGAUUGACACAAAUACAGCUAUGAAGACUUUUGUUGUUGCUUUGUUGGUGGCCUGUCUGCUUUAUUGCAAUGGUCAAGAAACGUGCGUUCCCUCUCCACCGAAUGUGGCAGAGAUAGCUGGGGAAACGGACACCCAACCCAGAGAUAUUCAGACAAAAAUUAAUGAUGCUCUGAGCAAGGAUACUGAAGUCAUGUUGGCAGUAAAUGCCCUGUCUGCUGAAAGGGCGCUUGUGUACCAGGAAUCUAAAUCUCUUUACACAGACAUAUGCCCAAAAAGGCUGGAAUACGUCACGAGACUCUAUCUUUCACAAUAUAAAGAGGUGUGUUACGUCGUGUCCCCUUACCGACAAAGAGUGAGAUAUGCCGUCUGCGGAGGAAGUGGGUGUUACGGAGGCAAAUAUUACAAGAGUCAAUGUGUCAGGACCGGGUGGACCAGACUUCAGUUCUGGGUGUGGUGUCCCACCUGUGGCUUCAAGCUGAUUGCCAGGUGGUACCCACAGUGCUGCUCAUGCUACAGGUGGCUUCCUUGUCUACAGGCUGCAGAUGAAAUCACUGGGCAGUCAUAAGAGCUGAACGUCAGGAAACAGACAUGCAUACAAACAUGUCAGCGUCAUUGCGGUCUGAUGAAAUGACAAAAAUAUUGUUAUACUUAAUAUUUCAUCAUUCAAAUAAACCUGACA